AUGAGUAGAGAAUCGUCCAAUGCAGAAUCGAAUAGAGAAGCAACUAGUAGAGCUUCUAAGUACGGGCGAAUUUCAUUCUCCCCCUUAAGGAAGGACGAUGAGUAUUCUGACAUAAAUGAAGAGUUUGAUAACGAUGAGUUAGAAGAAGUAGAAAAGAAAUUGGCAAGUUUUAACGAUAUAGAAAUGUUAAAAGAAAUGUCAAGUGAAGAUUUUAAAAAUAUUAUAAAUGAUGAUGAAUAUUAUAAAAAGUUAAUGAAUGAAGGGGAAGGUAUUUCUCCCAUCGUGAAUGACAAAAAAGAAAGAUUUUCAAUAUACUCAAAAGCUAGUUUUCAAAAUAAAGAAUUUUCUUCAAGGGAUAAUGACAUACCACUAGAGGGGGUAGGUAGCACGGGUGAGAUCGGGAAGGAAGAAAAGAUUGGGAAGACAGACGAGUUAGAUGAAAUGGAUGAGAAAAUGAAAAUAAAAAGAUAUAGCAAUAGAGAAGGAAAUAGAGAAGGAAAUAGAGAAGGAAAUAAAGAAGGAAAUGGAGAAGGAAAUGGAGAAGGAAAUGGAGAAGGAAAUGGAGAAGGAAAUAGAGGAGGAAAACGGGACAGUACUCUGGAUAACAAACUAGGUGAUAAACAUGAUAGCGUAUUGUCUAUUCGCAACUCAAGAAACUCUUCCAUUUUUAAUCUAAGCGUUACGGAUGAUAACAUGAAGCGAUCUUCUCUUAAUUAUGAUUAUACCUCCAAUGGAAAGCUUGUUACAUCUUUGUCAAAAACAGAUGAAGCGUAUGACAGCGAUUUAAUAACUCCUUCGCCUUCCAAGGGGAAAGGUGGAAUAGAUGAAGACUAUCAAAUAAAUGCUAUAUUAGACAGUCCAAAUGAAUAUGCUAAAAAUGAAAGAAGAAGAAGGAGGAGAAGAUCGGUCGAUACCCUCGAUGAGGAGUUAGACGACUUAAGGAAAAGGUAUAUCCUAAGUGAAGGGAAUGAUGAACAGCAUGAUGAGGAGCAUAAAGAGGUGCAUAAUGAGGAGCAUGGUAAGGUGAAUGACGAGGUGUACGGUAAGACGAAUGACGAGGUGUACGGUAAGACGAAUGACGAGGCGAACGACGAGGAGUAUGACUACUACAUGGGGGAAUACGCGAGUGAUUCGGAGUUUCUACGAUUGUCGUCUUUAGAAAAAAAAAUGAACAUAGAGAUGAACUACGGAAAUGAUGAUUCGUUGAACAAGAGCAGGUUAUCGAAUGGUAGUUUUUCCUUAUGGGAGAAUAAAAUAAAUUCAACAAGGAAGAUUAAAAUAAAUUAUGAGACACCUAAAAAGGGUAUAUUGAAACAAAGUAAUUCUUUAUCCCCUAUUAAAGAGAUGAAUGAAAAUAUAAGUGCAAGGAAAAAAUCAGUUCAAUUUUCUCAUCGAUCUAUAGCAGUUUUUGAUGAAAAAGAAAAAAUUUCCCCAUUAAGAUUAACACAUUUUACUAGAAUUUCCAGCGAUUCUAACAACUCAGGAUCUAAAAGGAAAAGUGCAUCUAAUGCUUCUAUUCUUAGUAAAGAAAAUGAACCGAACAUCUAUGAUAGUUUUAUGAACAUUGUAGAAAAAUCUCCCAUUGACAAACUUUUGUAUAAAGAUGAUAUGCUGAUAAGUAGCAAGAAUAGGAAGAGUGUUGUUAGUCUAUACAAUGAAACCAAUAAUCCUAUUAGAAGGACUUCUAUAGAAUCGGUACGAUUCAGAACAAAAACGUCGGUUGAUCAUAUUGAAUCUGCUCGUCUCUCACCAAUUAAGGACAAGUUAAAUGACGAUAAAUUUACCAUAAACGUAAAUUUAAAUAAUGAAGAAAUUUUUGAUAAAUUGUUAAUUAGUUCAGAUGUAGACAAAGACAGAGAUGAUGAUUUUAUAAAAAUAAAUUCACAUGUUGAUAAUGCACAAGUUGAUGAAUCUAAUAAACUGACCAGUUCUUAUCCUCCGAAUGGUGGUCAACUAACCAAUGAUGCGAUCGAUUGGAGUUUGAAAAAUGUAGAGGGGAUUGGAAGCACAAACGUUGCAAGCUAUGAAGGGGAAGUAAGUGCACACAUGAAUAAUGCAAAUCCGUCGUUACUGUAUACAAACGAUGAACAGGAAGAAGAUGAGGAAAAAACGAAGCAAGCAGAUAACAUGGAUGUCUUUUUUGAAUGCAAUGAUACUACAUCCUUAAGAAGGAAUAAACAGUCGUCUAGUGUGCGUAAUGAUGAAUCCGCUAAUCGGGAAUUUAGAGAAAGCACUCGAAAUAUGGAUGAACAGGAAGAUAAUCAAGCUAGUUUAGCGGGUUUGAGUGAAGGAAAGCAGGUAGGGGUAGACGAGAAGUUUAACAAAAAUGUAGAUGAUCCUAAUUACGGUUUAUUAACACCCCACUUGAGUAAAGCAAAAGGGAGAGACAGCAUUCCAAAUAAUAGAAAAUCUCUUUCGAGAAAGGCAUUAUUAAGGACGAAUGAAGGGGAGCAGAAGAAAGGAAGAAACGCCGAAUGGAUAGAUACCACAGCAAUAAAGGAUCAAAAUAAAAACAAAGCAAAUAGAACAACUGUUAACAUUGUGGGUAGUACUAACAAUGAAAAAAAUAAAUCCGAAUUAAACAAAGAGGAUAUGAAAAGUAUAGUGACAAACAGAAGAGCAAGUUACAGUAUCAACAUUAGAAACAAUGCACUACAUGAUUUUAGAAAUAACAUAAAUUCGGAUGAAAGGAAAAAAUUAAAUUAUGAGAGAUCUUUAAAGGAAAAGAAACAAAGUAGUUUCAGAAAUAGACAAAGUAUGCAAGCAUCUUUUAAGUUAUUAGAUAGACAUUCUUUAUUUAAAGGGAAAAAGAAUGAAUUGAAUAAUUAUUGCAUUUUAAAAGAAAAACAUAUGGAGAAUGAUCAGACAAGCAAUGAGAAGGUAACACCAUCAGGAGUUGACAUCCUUCACUCGGAUGAAGAGGAGGAGAACGAACAACUAGGAAAAAAUCAUAAUGAUAUAAUUAAUGACAAGGAGGAAGAGACAGAUAUGAAAUUUACAGAAGGAGAUGAAGAGGGCAUGAUUAGAAAAGCGGAAGUUUAUAAUAGACCGAAUGACCAUUAUACAGGGGAAAGAGAAGAAGAGGGCGAAAAAAGGUACACACAGAAGGGUGUUUACGAGGAUGAUGGAGAUUACGAACGUGGGGAGAAUUGCGAACAUUGGGAAAAUUAUGAACAGCAAGGUAAUUAUUUAGCGCAGUGCGCAGAUUUUGAAAACAGAAAAACGUGCAUUAGUGAGAAGGAGAAUUACGAAAACUUUAAUGAAAACGUCGAUGAGUUUUGUGAUAAGGUGAAUGCAAUUCCAAAUGAAGAAAAUUAUGAUUCAUAUUUAUACGAUAAGAUAAAUUACACCGAAUAUGCAUUUAAUGAAGAUGGGGUAAAUAGACAACAAAAUCAGAAGAACGUUGGAGAUAGGAACGAAUAUUAUGAGAGAAGCGGGUACUUGCGUGAAGGGAAUGAACAUAUCAAUUUGUACGACGAGGCUACAAGUAAUGUCAAUAUCAAUGUAGGGGAUGUCCAUGAGGGAAAUGUGAAUGGAAAAAAUGUAAUUUAUCAACAGUAUGGGUAUUACGAAAAGGAAGAAGAGGUGGGACAGGAUUCGUAUGAACAUGAGCAAGGGAAGGAAAUAAAAAAUAAAAGUGAGGAAGGAAGUGAAGAAAAGGAGGAGAAAGGAGCGGAGGAUAGAGUGGCAGAGGGAGAAAUGGAAGAAGACCAAGUGGAAGAAGGUGGAAGAGUUCACAAUGAAGAUGCCAUUUGCGAGGAUGUAAAUAAAGAAAAUAAAGGUAUAGUAAAAGAAGUGAGUGGGAUAAAGAGAGAAGAAAAGAUAAAGUUGAGACAAAAGUUUAACGAAAAUUUGAUAAAGAAACAAGAAACGAUUAAAGAGAUAACGUUAAAUAUUAUAAGAAGAUGCCGAAUAUACUCACUGAAACAAGUAAACAUUGAAAAGAAGAGUAUGAAUAAUUUAAUAAAAUUAUAUGAAAACAUUCGUAAUAUGAUAUUUAGGUUUAUAAAUAAAAUUAAUAAUUUAAAUAAUGUGAGUGUAAAGCUAGAUGAUGCUAUAAUAAAGCAUGAGAUAACACAAUUAAAUUAUAGUAAAACAAAAAAAGCUAUUGAAACUUUGAAAAAGUAUAAUUCAAAAUUAGAAAAUAAAAUUAAUGAUAAGAACAUAUUAUUAGAAAAACAAAAUAAUGUGUUACUAGAAAAGGAGAAGAAGAUUGAAUCCUUGACAGCAGAAUUGAAUAAAUUAAAAAAUAUAUAUGAUAAAGGGUCUACAAGAAAGCAAGAAAUACAUCUAAUAAAAGUAUAUAAAGACAAAAUUGAAGAGCUAAAAAAAGUAGAGAUGAUUAAAGGUUUUCUUAUUAGAAAUUUUAAUAAAUAUGGCAUAAAUUUUGAGUUGUUAAAUUUUAAUUAUUACAAUUUUUCGACUUUAUAUGAUUACAAAAAUGUUGAUACUAUUUUUUCCAGAGAGGUCAAAAUUUCGGAUAUGAAACACUCUAAUGGAGGAGCGGAAAACUGUUUCCGUGCUGUUCAUCCAUCCAUUGCUGUUACCGCAGCUCCUGCUGUUGAAAAUAAUGCGUUCAAUGGGAUUCAUGAUUGUGUUGAAGGAAAUGGCAUCAUUAAAGGUAGUUGCGCCAAGUUGAACGUGCAACAUGGUCAAGGAUUUUUCAAUGGCAAGGAUGAUGGGCAUAAGGACAGCUAUGGAAAUGGUAAAAACAAUAGUAACAAUAAUAGCCAUAUAAACAACAUCAAUAAGAACAACGAAAGUAGCAGCAAUAAUAACAAGGACAACAACAGCAACAGCAACAGUAAUGGCAAGGAUAAGCAUUAUGGAAGCAAUGACUUUUGCUAUAAGGGGAAAGGUGAUACGAAGGAUCAGUUGGGGUUCUUCGAGAAAGGAUUGAACGUAUGUGAUAUAAAUGAACUGUAUGAAAAGGAAUACAAGCUUAAAAUUCUUCACAAGAAGACGAAAAGAAAUACUUUCUUUAAAAGUCAAAUGCAUGAAGAAGAUUUGAAUUGUGCAUGGCCAUACAACAUAACAGUAGAUAUAAUAUUUUCUAAUGUAUAUAAACCUAAACAUGAUUUUGAAAAUUUCAAUGUAUCAUCUCCAGUGAAAAUAAAGAAUAUGAAACAUUUAAUAGCAAAUAAAAUGCAUUUACUAAAUGAUAUGAAUGAUAAUAAGAAAUAUUUAAACUUGUUUAGACCAUAUAAAAUUUUAAUAGACUCUUUUAAAAACUUCAAGGAUAUAAGUAUCACGACUUAUUACAAGUAUAUUAAUAAUGAAAAUAUGUACUACCAUAUAUGGAAUAAAAAUUAUGAUAAAGACAAAUAUAUCAUUGAGGUGAAUAACGUUCAUUUUAACAAUAAUGAUAAUUAUAAUAGCAACGAGAACAAUAACUGUAACAAUAAUAGUAUUAAUAAUAAUUAUUAUUAUUAUCAGAAGAAUAAAAAAAGAAGAGUGGUCAGUUUGCUAGUUAAAAAUAUUGAAAAUCAUUCAUAUUAUUGUAAUGACAGCGAUUUUGGAACCGAGUGGAAACUUCAACUUGAAAUUGUCAAGUACAAACUGGUGGAACUAAUAAACAAGAAGCUGCAGAAGUACACGAGUAAAGAUGGCAAAAACGUGAGCACCAACAUGAAUAAUAACAUGAAUAAUAACAACAACAACAAUAAUAAUAAUAAUAAUAAUAAUAUUAAUAAUAAUAAUAAUAAUAUUAAUAAUAAUAAUAAUAAUAUUAAUAAUAAUAAUAUUAAUAAUAAUGAUAAUAAUAAUAAUAAUGAUAAUGAUAAUAAUAAUAUGAACAAUGCUAACGGUGUAGGCACAGCUAAACCGAACAAAGAAGCUCUGAAAUACCUUGUUGAGGAGAUUGAGUAUUCUUUCUUUAUCCUUAAUCAUAUUAUGCAUCAAUACAAGCAGUUGCUAAAAUGUUUUAUGUAUCUAUCCAACACCUACUUCGACUACUACCAAAACGUCCUUAUCUUUAAGACGAUUAUCUUGUCCAAUCAGAUGAGCAAUCAUUCCCUGUGGCUCUACCUAUACGUACAACCUUGGGCCGCAUUGCGGACCAUAAACCUGGAGGAAUGCUUCACAUUCGCAUCACUACUCCACGGAAUAGUAGAUAUCAAGAUAGAGAGUGUAGAUGAAGAAGACAAGUACAACGAGGACUGUAAAGUGAUAAAUAACAAUAUCAUGAAGAAGCUACAACAGUGUAUUUUUACGCUGAAAUCAAAACCCCUGAGCAUCAUGGAAAGGAUCAGCUCGUACAACAUAGUCGAUAUAAUCUACGCUGUCAUCAUGAAUGAGAAUUACAAUUUCCAUAGUUACCAUAACAGUAUGGACGAAAACUUGAAAAAUCUGGUAUCAUGUGAGCAUUUCAUAAAUGAGGUAAUAGAUAAGAAAAUCAUUGUUCCCAUAGAAAUAAAAAACAACAUAAAUAAAUAUGGGGAUGACUAG